AACCUUCUUCUAUCCUUUUUCUUCCUGCUUUUUCCAUCUUUGCUUUGUCUGAAGAAGGCUCCUCGCUUACCAGAAUUUCAAACUUCCUCUCUUCUCUGAGAGAAGAGAAAAGAACAGAAAAUAAAGAGACAAAAAGGAGAAAAGCAAAGGCUUACUUCUUCCUUGUAUUUGAAGACUCUUUGUGAAAGAAGAUGUUUGAUUCCUUAACCCCAUACUCACUUCAUUUUUCUCAGAUUCCUCCUGCUUUCCUGUCCCUUAUCGGAAAAUCUCAAAUGCUUAAAUCCCUCCAUCUUCUCCUUGAAUACUUCCAACACCUAUUUUCUUGACUAUUUUCCAGCAAACAAUAACACACAUGCAUGAUGGUCUUCCCCUUUAUUGUCUUGACAUUUUUCUAUCUUGUUGGCACAUCUUGUUUUGCUUCUUCCUUGGUCAGUGAUUUUCAUGUUUUAGUCACUCUCAAGCAAGGCUUCCAAUUCCCGGAACCGGCCUUAAGCACUUGGAAUUCUUCGUCUCCACGAUCAGUUUGUUCGUGGUUCGGAGUUCGGUGCAAUAGAGGAAGAGUUGUUGCAGUGGACUUAACAGAUUUCAGUCUAUCCGGCUCUGUAUCUCCACUGGUUUCAGGCCUCGACCGCCUCACCGACCUUUCUCUUGCAGGAAACAACUUCACUGGCAGCAUUGCCAUUGCCAAUCUCACAAGCCUUCAGUUCCUCAACAUAUCCAACAAUCAAUUCAGUGGAGGACUGGAUUGGAACUACUCAGGCAUUGCCAAUUUGGAAGUUUUUGAUGCUUAUAACAACAACUUCACUGCUCCUCUUCCACUUGGGAUUUUGAGCUUGAACAAGAUCAGGUUCUUGGAACUUGGAGGCAAUUUUUUCAGUGGGAAAAUCCCAAAAUCUUAUGGGAAUUUAGUCAGCUUGGAGUACUUGUCACUUGCCGGCAAUGAUCUCAUUGGCAAAAUUCCGGGUGAGUUGGGCAACCUCACUAACUUGAGAGAGCUGUACUUGGGGUAUUACAAUGUUUUUGAAGGUGGGAUUCCAAAGGAGUUUGGAAAAUUGGUCAAUAUGGUUCACAUGGAUCUCUCGAGCUGCGAACUGGACGGGCGAAUUCCCCGCGAGCUGGGGAAUUUGAAGGCACUCGACACGCUUUACUUGUACAUCAAUCUUCUUUCAGGUUCAAUUCCAAGGCAUAUAGGCAACUUGACAAACUUGGUCAAUCUUGAUCUCUCCAACAAUGCACUUACUGGUGAAAUCCCAUUUGAGUUUUCCACUCUCAAACAGCUCAAGCUUUUCAACCUCUUCAUGAACAGAUUGCAUGGCUCGAUUCCAGACUACGUCGCAGACUUGCCUAAUUUGGAAACACUCGGGCUGUGGAUGAACAACUUCACCGGGAUCAUCCCGCAGAAACUUGGCCAGAAUGGGAAGCUUCAACUGCUCGAUUUGUCCUCGAACAAGCUCACCGGCCAAAUCCCACCAAACUUGUGUUCAUCCAAUCAGCUAAGAAUACUAAUUCUCUUGAAAAACUUUCUUUUCGGUCCAAUCCCUCAAGGCUUGGGGACAUGUUUUAGUCUCACUAGAGUGAGGUUGGGGCAGAAUUACCUAAACGGUAGCAUACCAAAUGGCUUAAUUUAUUUGCCUCUGCUGAAUUUAGCAGAGUUGCAAAACAAUUACCUAUCUGGCAUGUUAUCGGAGAAUGCUAAUAGCUCGUCGCAGCCAGCGAAAUUAGGCCAGCUUAAUCUGUCGGACAACCUCCUAUCCGGUCCUCUACCAUUUUCGCUUUCAAAUUUCUCUUCCCUCCAAAUCCUCCUACUUAGCAGAAAUCAAUUCUCCGGUCCAAUCCCACCUUCAAUAAGCCAACUCCAUCAAGUACUAAAGCUUGAUCUUAGCAGAAAUUUGCUCUCUGGCGAAAUCCCACCAGAAAUCGGAAACUGUUUCCGUCUCACUUACCUUGACAUGAGCCAGAACAACCUGUCCGGCUCCAUCCCACCAGAAAUUUCCAACGUUCACAUCCUGAAUUACUUGAACAUAUCGAGAAACCACUUGAACCAAAACAUUCCCAAAUCAAUAGGAACCAUGAAGAGCCUCACAAUUGCUGAUUUUUCCUUCAAUAAUUUCUCUGGAAAACUACCAGAAUCAGGACAGUUCGCUUUCUUUAAUGCUUCUGCUUUCGCCGGAAAUCCCCACCUUUGCGGCUCUUUCUUAAAUAACCCUUGCAACUUCACCACAAUCACAAGCACACCCCCAAAAACCCACAGGGAUUUCAAGCUGAUCUUUGCAUUAGGCCUGCUAAUAUGCUCACUUGUGUUUGCUGCGGCUGCUAUCAUCAAGGCCAAAUCAUUCAAAAGAAACGGUUCUGAUUCAUGGAAAAUAACUGCAUUCCAGAAGCUGGAAUUCACAAUUGCUGACAUCCUUGAAUGCGUGAUGGACGGGAAUGUGAUUGGAAGAGGGGGAGCAGGGAUUGUUUACCAUGGAAAAAUGCCGAAUGGGGUUGAAAUUGCAGUGAAAAAGCUACUUGGUUUUGGACCGAAUAGCCACGAUCAUGGCUUCAAAGCCGAAAUCCAAACGUUAGGCAACAUUCGGCAUAGAAACAUUGUGAGGCUGCUGGCAUUUUGUUCGAACAAAGAGACCAAUCUGCUUGUUUACGAGUACAUGAGAAACGGAAGCUUGGGAGAGGCACUGCAUGGGAAGAAGGGAGGUUUCUUGGGGUGGAAUCUGAGGUACAAAAUUGCAAUUGAAGCUGCCAAAGGCUUGUGUUACCUUCACCAUGAUUGUUCUCCAUUGAUUCUUCACCGGGACGUGAAAUCGAACAACAUUUUGCUCAAUUCGAGCUUUGAAGCGCACGUUGCGGAUUUCGGGCUUGCCAAGUUCUUGAUGGAUGGGGGUACGUCUCAAUGCAUGUCUGCAAUUGCAGGCUCUUAUGGCUACAUUGCACCAGAGUAUGCAUACACACUGAGGGUGGACGAGAAGAGCGAUGUAUAUAGCUUUGGAGUUGUGCUGUUAGAGCUUCUGACAGGGCGUCGGCCGGUGGGCGAGUUCGGUGAAGGCGUGGACAUUGUGCAGUGGUCGAAGAAAGCAACGAAUUGUCGCAAAGAGGACGUUACAAAUAUUGUUGAUCAUAGGCUUACAAUAUCUCUGCCCAAAGAUGAAGUAAUGCACAUGUUCUUCAUUGCAAUGCUUUGCAUCCAAGAAAACAGCGUCGAAAGGCCGACGAUGAGAGAAGUCGUUCAGAUGCUAUCGGAGUUUCCUCGUCACUCUCCCGAAUCCUUUCAGUCGUCCUCGUCUUUAGCCACUUCCCAAAAUUCCAAGAAUGUCGAUAAAAACGGAAAAGGUCCCAAGUUCAAACAAGAUACUUUGGUCUAAUAAGAAACGAACAUGUUUUUUUUUUUUCUCCAUCAUUUUUUGGAGUUUAAUAUAUAUAUAUAUAUAUAUAUAUAUAUAUGUGCUUGAUUUUGUUGAAGCUAGCCGUGCUAUAUGUGAAAGUCGGUUCUUUCUUUUGAUUUAUCAAGGGGAUUUGCUAGGCAAAUCAAACAAAUUUGGGAGAAGGAUUAGAUAGUGUUAUGGAGGGAGGAUGAUAAAGUUGGGCCUUUUCAGGCCUAAAUAUUGUAAAAUUGUAGUUGGGCAACUAAGAGCAUGCAAACUUAAUGGGCCACUCUUUUGUA